CUUUAUCUUCAUAGACUAGACGCCACAUAAAUUUAUUCUUCUAUACUUUCGUUUCUAGUGCCCGUCGUUCUUUUUCUUUUUUGGCUCAUUUUCUUUUCUCUUCUCGUGUAUACAUAUACUAAUUUCGAAGCUCGAACCAACAUGGCCAGCUACAAAACUUGUACAGAAGUCACGCCCUUGUGCCCCGUCGAAGCUACAACGUACGGUUACUACCCCAACUAUGGUGGUAACAUCUUCUUCGCGGUCUUUUAUGGCCUUUGCGGCGUAUUUCAACUCGGUUUCGGCAUCUAUUUCCGCUCGUGGACGCUGAUGGUGGCGCUGGUGGUCGGUACGCUUCUCGAGAUGGCGGGUUAUAUCGGUCGAGUAUUGAUGAAUAAAAAUCCUUGGGAUGGCGGCGCGUUCAAGUUGCAAAUCGUGGCAAUUAUUCUGGGGCCAACGUUCAUCGCGGCGGGCAUCUACCUCACCUUGAAGCACAUCAUCCUUUCGCUGGGACCGGAACACUCGCGCCUCAAACCGAAAUUGUUCACCUGGAUCUUCAUCGGCUGUGACAUUGGGUCUCUGAUUUUGCAGGCGGCUGGUGGUGGUGUGGCGGCUGCUGCUGGAAGUGACCAACGGGAUCUUCUGAAUGCGGGAAAUGACAUUAUCAUCACGGGUAUAGCGUUCCAGGUCGCAACCAUGUCCGUCUGUGGAGUGUUGGCUCUGGACUUUUUCAUCCGUUAUCUUCGUCGUAGCUCGGGAGAGAAGGCUCUGGGCGGUGGGAACGGACGGAACAAUAUCAAGCUGGUGGUUAUCGCAGAUAUCUUUGCCUACUUUACGGUCUUAAUUCGGUGUAUCUAUCGUAUCCCAGAGAUGGCAGGCGGAUGGGGGAACCCCUUGAUGCAAAAGGAGGACGAGUUUCUGGUUCUGGAUGGAAUGAUGGUUGCCUUGGCGGUAUUGGCCUUAACAGUUUUCCAUCCCGGAUUCUUCCUCCCAUCCUUGAGGAAGGGGAGCAAAAACAUGGAAGCCGCCUGAUAUACUUACUCAUCCUAUAUGUCUCAGGAUACCCCAAGCAUGACAACAGAAAUAAACAACAAUUCAAGAUAGAUGCAGAUAGAUAUAUUCAUUUCGUUCAGAAACUGAACAUAUGUUGGCAGCGCUAUGCUGCAGUAUGGUCAAGGAACUAUGAAACAACGGCAAUGCAAAACGAGUAAGUCCAAAUUUCAACUCCGAGCCGAUAUCACGUAACUCCAGGGGAGACAGAGAACUUAGAUGAAUGGAAGAUAAGAAAGGUGCGGAGACAAACAGCUGGCGCUACUCGAUAGACUAAUAGUCCAUCAUGCGAAGGUAAAACGGAAAAAAAAAAAGUUCAAGCCUUUC